AUGGACUUCGACCACCUCGCAGAAGAGAGAUCGAAUCUGAUCUUCCAAGUGUGGCUCCAGAAUCUACUGCGAAACUCACCCGAGGAGCUGGCGGGGAAGGUUGCUUCCCGCCACCGUGCUGGCACACCCGUCAAAGCCGCGCCGCUUGCCAAUGGCGCUUUCAAUGUUUGUUACCGCGUGACCUACGAUGACGGUCAUCGUGUUGUGGUCCGGUUCACUGCUCUUGGUCGGAUCGUCGCUCGUGGGGAGAAGGUCGAAGACGAGGUCGCUAUCAUGCAAUAUGUUGCCCAGCAUACAAGGGUCCCUGUCCCCAAGGUUCUGGGUUCUGGAAAGUGUGUGGUCGGCCCAUACAUCGUGAUGGACUACAUUGAGGGCAAGCCGUUGAGUGGGUAUCUGAGGGAGCCGACCCAGGGACUAGUCACACUGCGCUCGAAUAUCAACAUGUCUGUCUUGAGAACAGCAUAUAUGGCCAUGGCUGAAAUCUUGUUGGGGCUGUCGAAGCCUGUGUUCCCAUUCAUUGGGGCUGUUCGACUGGACGAGUCCGGCGACUGGACGGUGCAGAAACGACCACUCACCUUUAACAUGAAUCGACUUGCUCAGUUCUCCAAUAUCGCUCAUACUUGCCCAUCAUUAUAUUUCCACCAUUUGGAGCUACAGCACAAUGAUGCAGUAAUGGAUGAGGCUGACUGCCGGAAGAAGUACAUUGCGCGUUGUCUUUUCCGCAGGCUGUUGCGUGAUAUCUCCAAGGAACACUGCAAGGGCCCCUUCAGGCUAUAUUGCGAUGACCUCCGUCCUGACAAUGUUCUUGUCAAUGCAUCAAGACUGGCUGUCACUGGAGUUAUCGAUUGGGAGUUCACCUAUUCGGCUCCCGUCGAAUUCACAUAUGCGGCGCCUUGGUGGCUCUUAUUGGAGAAGCCGGAAGACUGGGAGACCGAUCUUGAUCAGUUCGUGGUGCGCUUCAUGCCGAGAUUCAACACAUUCCUCGGGGUCCUCAAAGAGUGUGAGGCCAGGAAGAUCCAGGACGGUUCAUUAUCUGCAUCUCAGCGGCUAUCAAUCGCCAUGGAGAAGUCUUUGGAGACGGGAUUGUUCUGGAUCUGCCUCGCUUUACGCCACAGUUCCAUGUUCCAUGGCCCAUUCGCAUCAAUCGAGGAUCGAGUGACUCUGCUUAGUGCGGAAGAGCGGGCUAACAUCGACACUGUUGUGGAGAAUAAGAUGCAGCAGGCCAAUGAGGGCACUUUGGUAGCUCAUUACAGCAUUGAUGAGCUGGUUGAUCUAUAGCUCUUGCUCCUCUCGUCCGUGAGUCUGGAUCAGAUGGAUGCUCGCGUGAGAGCUGGGCUAUCG